AUGGUAUCUAGUUUCCCAGCAAUUCCACAUGGCCCACUCUAUUACAGGCAAGUGGAAAAUGAUAAGAUCAAGGCUCUGAAACUAUCAUGCGGCAACUUUGAUUCCUGCAUGAACUUGUCACAAACAUCCAUGAAUGACCUCCUUUGGUGGAUAGCACAUGUGGAAAGUGCUGAAACCCGCCUUAUUAGGAGUGACCCAGAGUUUGAACUCUACACUGAUUCUAGUGGGCAGGCCUGGGGGGCUCACAGGAAAGACACUGACAUCAAAGCAGGUGGUCCCUGGACAGCUUCUGAGUCCUCUCAGCAUAUUAAUGUGCUUGAGAUCAAAGCAUGCUUGUUUGGUCUACAGGCACUUUGCAAUGAGUGCAGAGACAUACACAUCAGAUUGCUGGUAGAUAAUACCACAGCUGUCACGUAUGUUAAGAAUAUGGGAGGUAGCCACUCACUACAGUGCAAUGAAGUCGCUAGGGAUAUUUGGCAAUGGGCAAUUAAUAGAAAUAUCUGGCUUACAGUGGCACAUGUACCUGGGGUAGCUAAUGUUAUUGCUGAUAGGGAAUCCCGUAAGAAAUAUCAGAGUGAGACAGAAUGGAUGCUGAAUCCCAUAGUGUUCAGAAAAUUGGCAUCAGAAUUUACUUUUACUGCUGACAUUGAUUUAUUUGCUUCAAGGCUUAACAAACAAAUUGAUAAAUUUGUCUCUUGGAAUCCAGAACCAGAGUGUGUUGGUGUAGAUGCAUUUACAAUGAAUUGGAGGCAUUUAAAUGGAUACAUUUUCUGCCCUUUCAGUGUAAUACCGAGGGUUUUACAACAAAUGUCCUCACAACAAGCAGAGGCAUUAGUGAUCCUGCCCAACUGGCCAACACAGCCGUGGUUUCCUACAGCCAUGCGCAUGCUGGUAGACAAGCCCCGCCUGAUAAACAAGCACAGAUGCCUGCUGACCUUACCGACUCAACCAAACAAGGUACAUCCGUUAUGGGACAGACUGGAACUUAUGGCCUGUCACCUCUCAGGCAUUACUACAAAACAAAAGGCUUUUCGGAAGACACUGUUGCAAUCUUAUGUAAAUCAUGGGCAGAUGGCACAGUCAAGCAAUACAGAACACAUUUCAACAGGUGGUUCCAGUUUUGCAAUGAACGGGAUACUGAUCCCUACAAUCCGGAUAUUUCAGAAGUUCUGA